AUGAAGACUCAACGAGACACAGAGCUGGACAGUCAAGAGAUCUCUGAUGCCACCAAACCCCCCACUCCAUAUCCUAUGUUCCUUCCUGUCAGCUACCAGAUGUGGGAUGCUGACUACUUCCUAUUAAAAGAGGCAGGACAGGACAUCAUGCGCAAUUCUAGCAUGCAAAGCCACACACAGCCAUUUGUUGUGAUGAGAGCGGGACGCCUCCCCGUGAUCAGUGCUACCUACGGCCCACUCUCUACCAAACGGGAGAUUCCAAUGGACUUAGUGCAGUCAGUACAAUUAUUCCGCCCCUCACUGCCAGCUUUCUUUCUCAACUGGAGAGUCCAGUCCUUUGUCCUGAACCGCUGGGUCUAUUCCUCUUCCCCCAAAGUGCGGGUGCUCUUCUACGUGGCUGGAAGGGACUGGGACAGAGAAGAGAAGGAGAAAGGUACUAAAGAUGAACUGCCAUGUGUGACCGUGUACGCAUUCUGGCAGACACAGGAGGUGCGAGGGUCCUGUGUUAUUGGAAAUGAGCAUGGGACCUGCAUGGCCGAGGUUGACCUUCCAGCGGGUUGGUUUAGCCCAGCUGAGGGUAGCUCCAGUCGAGAAAGACAAGGGCCCAGUCAGGGGAACCCUGUGGAGCUGUAUUACCAGGCUCGACCCAGCGCAUAUGGCCCGUGCACAGGUGGAGGAGAGGAGGGUAAGAGGUGGGAUGUAGGGGGUGGAAAUCUUGGUCAGGCUGAGUACAUGCCCAUGACCCCCAUGCAAAAAAUCAGGAGUGUGCGGCUCCUGCAGGUCAAAGAGGGUGCCACACCUGUGUCAGUGCUCAGAAUGGGAGAGGCUGUGGUCAUCCAGACCUCCUCUAAACCACUUAAGAAGACGGAUAUCGCCUCCUUUUAUGUUUACAUGAGGAACUCAGCCAAGCUGGACACCUUCUCUCUCAGGGCCAUGGUAAAAAAGGGUGUGUCCUUCCGCACUGCCACACCUAGCAACACAUUACUGUGGGACAUCACACUGGACACGGGCCCGGAUGGAAGUGUUGGAGUAAUCUGUCAGAGAAAGUCAAGUGCAAAUAGGAAAAGAUUAAACAAACUCCAAGCCAUUCUGCAGAUGGAUUUUGAAGUAGAGGACGUUAGCAGUCAAUCAGAGAUUCAGGUGAUAAAGUGGGAAUUGAUGAUUCCUGAUGAUGUCAAAAUGAUGGGGGCAUCAGAGGGCAACAUGAGGAUCUACACCACUCAGAGGGACUUUGUAGCCCUGGCUCCUCUAGUUAUGGAUACAGAGCUGUUGAACACUGCUGUGCUGACCGGUAAGAGGGUUACAGUAGGCAUAAGAACCGUAGCUGUGGAACAGGAUGGUUCUGUGACAGAUGUCUCUGACCUUACGGACUGCAGCUCCACAGAUGAAGAUGUUCUCAAGGUAUCUGACAGAUGCAACUUUGUCUAUGUAAAUGGAAAAGAAACCCAGGGAAGAUUGCGGAUGCUGGUGAACUUCACCUACAGUUACCUGAGCGCCCAGCUGGAGAUGAAGGUGUGGUUUCCUCGUCUUCCAUUGGACAUCGAGUUGUCUGAUACAGAACUAAGUCAAAUCAAGAGCUGGAGGAUUCCCAUUAUGUCCACCAAAAGGUCAGGACGGAACAGCGAGGAAGACCGCAAGGGCAGGGGCUGUAUGCUGCAGUUCCAGCAUGCUCUGGUUCGAGUCCUCACCCACUUUGUUGCAGAGCAGUCAGACCCUCGGGAGCAACGGGACUUUUUCCUGGGCUCUGACUGGCAGGUGGAUGUAACCAAGCUUGUGCGGUACUUCCUGAAGGUGGAUGACACUAACAUUGCCCGUCUGCAGGCAGGCAGGGUGCUUUCAGGACAAGAUGUGGGCACCACAUCAAUAAAGGUGCUUUCCCCUCUGUCAGAUGCUGUUCUGGCAGAAAAGACAGUGAGGGUUUUGGAUGAUAGAGUGACCAUCACUGAACUGGGGCUGCAGUUGGUCAGUGGCCUCAGUCUCAGCCUGCAGCUGAGCACAGGGAGUAACCGAGUCAUUAGCGCUACUGCCACCACACAGGAAGUGCUCAACUAUCCUAAACAGGAAGCAGUGUUGAGCUCUUGGCUUCAAUUUAGCGAUGGCUCCCUCACCCCUCUGGAUAUUUAUGACUCUACUCACUACCGCCUGGUUGUGACAUCACUGGAUGAAGGCGUGAUCUCUGUGCAGGACUCGCCUAUGUGUGUUGUGGCAGAAAGUGAAGGCCAAGGAGUACUAGUGAGAGCCGAGAUGACCAUUUGUGAGGUCUGUCAAAAAUCCAAGCGCAAAAGCACUUUAGCUGUGGGCAGUGGCAGCUUAACAGUGAAGUUCCAGACAAACAGUAGAUGUCCUGAAAACAGUAGCAUCAAUAAUAAUGGCAUCAACAGUGUUACAAACACUACUGGAAGCAGCUCAGGCAGCAAAGGACCAUUUGCUGGUGUCACUGGGACAGAUAUCAGUGGUGAACGUCGUACUGAAGGAGAAGGAUUGGACACUAAGAAGAAGAUGCAGCAGCCAGAACAGGUUCCAAGCAGCAGUUCAGAGUCUGAGAAAGAGAAAAGUGCCUUGAUGAAGAUCACCACCACAGCCAAGUCGACAGCACGACACUCAACCGCUGGUAGCAUUGCGAAUGAUGUGGGAAUGGGACGUGCUAACGACGAUUCAGCCAGAUUCAGUAAACCAGGGAAUAUUUUAAACAGUGGAGAUUUCUUUAGUACGGGUAAAGCAGGUAGCAAUGGUGGCACAGGAAUUUCUUGGAAUAGUAAUGAGGUUCCUGAGGGCUCAAUGUUAAGCACUGGAAAAGCUUCUGGGAACUUAGUGAACUACAAUAACUACCCUCCACAAGUGGAAAUACCCAAUCAAGAGGCAAAAAACAAUGCCUAUGAAGAUGAUGAUGAUGGUAUUGAGGGGCCAUUAUCAAACCGGCCUCUAACAGACUUGGAAAUAGGGAUGUACGCUUUACUUGGUGUCUUCUGCUUGGCGAUCAUAGUAUUUAUGGUAAACUGUGUGUCAUACAUAGUUAAAUUUCGGCAUAAGCAGACUCCCGCUCAUGUUUCCGAGCACACUGGUCAUCGACACGACUGGGUAUGGCUGGGAACUGAUGCUGAGCUAGUUAUGAAUGUCACUGAAAGCCCAUUACAGCAGGAAGCCCACAACACUGCUGUAAUCGACAUUGGACCAAGUACAGAAACUUGCGGAACUCUCACUCGAAGGACUUCCUGCCAGGUGUCUUCAGUGUCAACUGACUCUAGUGCUGGGUGUGUAGGAACCCUUAUAGAAAAACCAAUCAGAAGUGAGUCCUUACACUCACCCACUAGUAAGAGGAAGAGGGUCCAGUUCACCACCUUCACGUCCCUGGACAGACAAAAUUCUCCCAAAACAUUACCCCAAGAGAACUGUAAUGGCAUUAACUGGGUGGGCAAGGAGGACAAUUGCAUGACACUUGAGGUGUCAGCUGCGGAGUCCUUGGAACUACUGUGAUUGC